GUUUUCACGUGGAAAAUUUAACUCAAAUGGCUUCAUUUAAGAAACCGAAGAAAAGUUUUCGCCAAAAUCGCAAACCACUAUCAGUUGAGGACGAUGACGAAGAGCACGACAAUGUCAGGUAUUCUAUCUAUAGAUCCAGUUAAUUAAAUUAUUUUGGAUAAUUUAGUUGAAGUAAAUCUUAUCAUUUUGUGACCGAUAAUGCAUCGAAAACGUUUUCGAAUUGUAGAAUACUUUUUUAACAUAACAUUUUGCAAUAGAAAUAUUCUGGAGGAGGCAAAAGAAGUACAAAAGUUACGCGAACGACAGAAAGGUGUGAGUGCUGAAGAUUUGGUUUCAACAAGACCAUCAAAAGAAGUUAAAAGAGAUACAAAAGAUACUUUUAAGAUAAAAACUGGGGGAAUGGUAGAUAUGAAAAAUAUCAAAGUAAAUGAUGAUGACAUAGAAGCUAUAGGCAAUAAUUUUGCUGCUGAAACUAAUAGAAGAGAUGAAGAUGCCGACAUGCUUAAAUAUGUGGAAACAGAACUUCGAAAAAGAAAAGGAGAGGAAGAUGAUAAUGACAGCCCUGAAAAGCGAGCAAGACCAGAAGACGCAUUAUACGCUCUACCUGAUAACAUAAAAAAUGUAACUAAUUCCAAAAAAACAGAAGAUAUGUUGUCAAAUCAAAUGCUUUCAGGUAUUCCAGAAAUUGAACUUGGAAUAGAAGCAAAAAUAAAAAAUAUAGAAGCUACUGAAAUUGCCAGGCAAAAAUUAAUGAAAGAAAAAAGAAAGAAGACAGGCAGUGAUGUUAGUGAGUUUGUUCCCACCAACAUGGCUGUAAACUUUGUACAGCAUAACCGAUUUAAUAUUGAAGAUGAUACCCCAAUUUUAAAACAACAAGGCGGUGAACCAACUCGUGAAGCGACACACAGAAAAGGUCCAAACACAAAAGGACCAACAGAUAAUUAUCAUUUUACAAAGUUUAAAAAUCAAAUGAGACCUUAACUUUCAAUUUUAGUUUUAUAAAUAGUGUAAAAAGUAACCUUUUAACUCUUACGACUUUGCUAUUUAUCUGAAACUGUUUUAUAUUUAUCACCCUGGGUAUUGAUCUAAAUAAUUAAUGAAGAACAUUUGAUGCUCUGGAGUUUAUAUUGUAUUUCUGUUUUUAUAGAUUUGAUACUCAAUAUAAAAACAAUAAUCAGUCUUACAAAAAAUAUGUGUGUAGUUUAUCCAUAUGUUUCUCUUAUUUUCUAAUAGAGAUAAGGAUAAAUUAUCAAUAAAUUGGCAUAUUUAACAUCUUCAAACGUGACCUUUUCUUGUUAAAAGAUUUCAUUUUGGGGAAAUCAAUGAUAAAGUACCUUUUUCAAGUUAAAUCUAAGAGCUUAAGUUUCUGUUUUCUCCAAUUUUUACUUCGUUACUUAUUAAGUACGGUACAUUUGGGUCACAUUUCUUCUAUUCCAUUUGAAAGUUUUUUAGUUGAAAGCAUUUGUAGCUGGCUAUAGGUGCAAAAAUAACAGAGACAAUAGCAUUAGCUAUAAAGUUCUCAUUUAAAUAUUCUAUAAUAUUGAUAGAACAGGGAAUAGAAAAAGACUUAAA